ACCGUCAUCUCCGACUCCGAACAACUUAAGCUCCUGUUCUUGGCUGUGAAUCAAAUUUGAAGGUUAUAAUGCGAUGUCUUUUGUUUCUGAUUGUCCUUAUUUGUUCAUAAAUUUGAUGGAUUGGAAGCAAAAAAGAAGAGAAAGAAUGCCAUCUCUCCAAACAGCUUUGCCUCCUGAGCUAACUAACAAUGAGAUUAGACUUUACCGGGAGUGCCUUCGAAGAGCUAAAUGUAUUGGUCAUAAGCAACAUAAUACAGAGCUGGUUGUGAGCAUGGUCAGGCAGCAGUUUAAAAGACAUAUGCAUGAGACAGAUCCAGUCAUCCAGAGAAGAUUCAGUAAUUAAGGGAUGAUGCGGCAAGGGGGCUUAUAAACCACAUGCUAUAUGAGUCUGAGAAGGUGUCUGGACGUAAAUUUAGCAAGAGCUCUUGAUGUUGUUUAGAGUAUCUCUUUCCUUGGAUGAUAAACCGAUUAACCAAGUAAUAGAAGGUACAGUGGGGCUUUCUUUUUGUUUUGGCACCUGCUUAUUGUUCUUCUUCUCAGUGUAGAAGCAUCCUGACAAAACUUAUCACAUGCAUUGAGCUAUGGAAAUCAACCACGCGCAGAUUCUCCCCUUUCUCAUUCCUUUUAGUGAAGUAGAGAUGAGUUAGAAAUUUUAAACACCAUUAUAGUAUAAUAUAAUUUUGCUUGCUCA